GGCGCCGCGGGAGGGCGGGAGCCGCCGCAGUGAGGCCGCGCGGCACGGGCGAGGCGGCGGCGGGCCGCGUUGUCAUGGCAGCGCUGCCCCGGCCGAGGGCUUAGGCGGGAGGCGGCUGAGGGCAGCAGGGAGAGGUAGGGGGCGUCCCGUGGUUGGGCCCCGCCGGGAGGCGAAGGGGUUAAAGCAGGCGGGCGUGGGGAUGAGCUGCGGCGGGGGCUGAGGGUGUGAAGCCUCUGCUCUCUCCCCGGGCGGAAUGGAGGCUGCUGCGGAGGAUGGGUUUUAUGAGGAGGCGGAGGAGGUGAACUGCUACGACUUCGAGCCCCUGCCGACGUUGCUGGAGGAUGAGGAGAAUGUGUCCCUUGCUGAUAUUUUGUCACUGCGAGAUAGCUGUCUUACUGAGCAAGAUAUUUGGGCAAUUUGCCUGGAGUGUUGCCAUUCUCUGAAGAGCAUUGCCCAUUCUGCAAUCUUCCAGACACUCUGCAUCACUCCUGACACUCUGGCUUUUAACACCAAUGGCAAUGUGUGCUUCAUGGAACAACUCAGUGAUGAUCCAGAAGGUGCCUUUGUUCCACCAGAAUUUGACAUCACCGGUAACACUUUUGAGGAACUGCUGAACUCUGAUAUGCAUAUAACAAACAGACACACUGAAGAAGAGACACAGGACAAGGCACACAUCUAUUCUUUGGGUGCAACGUUGAAAGCAGCUAUUGAAUAUAUAGUAGAACCUGAGACAGAAUCAGAAUUUGGGCAAGAUCUGCAUACUCUCUUGGAACAAAUGCAAGAAGAGAAUCCUGAAAAUAGGCCAGAUAUUGAGAGUAUUUUGUCAUUAUGUGAGGAAAAACUGAAGAUUGCUUCAUCAAGUAGUAUUUGUCGAAGCCUAUCUGCUGUUGGAAGAAGAGUUCUUUCAAUUGAAUCAUUUGGUGCUUCUCAAGAUGCCUGUGAUAACAUGUGGAAAGGAAGAGUGUUUCAGAAAAGUUUGGGAUCUAAAUUGUACUCAAAUGAGAUACACAACAUAGGUGAUUCGCCUGCAGCAGAAGAUGUGACAGCUACUUGUCAUAAGGACUCCUCUGUAGUUCCUGUGGUGACUGGCAGAGAAAGUGGCUUAAAGGAAAUGCAAAUUGAUCUGGAUAAUGAGAAAACUCAACAUUCUCUACUUGCAACUGAAGAUAAAAGGAGCAAAGAGGACAAACAUGCAGUAUAUACUGAUGGUUUUGCUAGUGUUGCUUUGGAUAUAAAAUCAUGUGUUAAUGACCUGGAGAGAGAUGGCAUUUUUAAGAAGGGUUCUUUGAGAAAAAUUAAAACUUUUCCAAAGCUACCACUUGAACCUACAGAAACAAAUCACUUUUUUACAUCCGUAACCAGCAGUGGACCACUAGCUAGGAAAAAUCACUUGCUUAUGCAUGAGUCACUACCUCUAGACAAUAAUAAUGAGGUUGGCUUUUCAAAGGGAAAUCUUAAUUCACUUGCUAUUAGUAGUCCAUCAAAAACAGAACCAAAGCAUCACCAGGUUACUGAUCUUCAUUUAGAAGCUGCUUGUGUGCGUACACAAGUGUCUGGCAUGAAUCUAGAAGAACACAUGUCACUUAUUAAUGGUAAAAAGAUAGGUUUUAUUUCAUCUGAUCGUAAAGAAGACUGUUCUGAUGCUACCUCUGAAGUGUCCAAUACAGCUGGUAUGCUAAAAAGCCCAAAUCAAUCAAUUGCUGGAGCAAAAAUGCUAGACAAUUACAUGGCAUUGGAAGACUGUACUGAAACGUUUCAAGGGUCAAAUGAAAAUUCCUUAUCACACUUUAACAAGAUGACUUCAGUGUUAACAACAAAACCCAGUGGGAGCAGAUAUGGAUCAAACCUAAUUAGGUCUCCAGAAUUAAGCAGCGGUGCAUUGAGCGCAAACAAUAAUGAAGAUAAUCUUUGUGGAGGCAGAGGGUCAGAAAUCAAAAGUAAUGAGCAGUGGAUCUCUCUAAAACUCCUGUUGUCCUGGUAUGGUAAGCCUCUGAAAGACCAUGAACUCUGGGCCUUAUGUCAUGAGUGUUUAAGGACUUUGCACACUUGCACAGAUUAUCCAGAGGAUAUUGCUUACAUGAUGUUUACAGGCGCUUUAGAGGACCCAGUGAUCUUAUGUUUGGACACUGUACUGCUUGACUGCCAUGGAAGAGUCCUCUUUACUGCUCCAAAAGCUGAAGAAUCUUGUGAUAUAAUUUACUUAGCUCCUGAAAUUGAAGAAGAGGAUGUAGAUACUGAGAAGGUCUGCAUUUAUGGUGUUGCUGCAGUUCUGUGGAUGGCAGCAAAAUACAGCAUUUCACCUAAUGACAAACUAGCAUUGCCAAGAAAAUUAAAAAACCUUCUUCUGGAUAUGGCAAAAAAAAAUCCUGAAGAAAGACCUUCUGUAGCUGAUGCAAUUAAGACAUGCAGUCAUUAUUUACUUGAACAAGGAGUAAACAGCAGAAGUAUUUUGGCAUUGUUGAAUAAAUCUGUUUUUAAGGCUGUUGAGGAAGACGUAAUCUCUUCUCCAGAUCAUGUAGCUUUUGAAAUUGAAAACAAAAUACUUGAAAUAAACCCUUCUGAGUCAAGUCUAGGAUUUAUGCCUACUACCAGUGAAAGUAAACUUAUUGCAGUUAAAGGACCAGUACCAUGCCAGAUUUCUCUAAACUGUGGGAAAGCUGCUUUACCUGUUGCAUUCACCUCUCCUGCAACUCACUUUAAGCCUAUCAUUCUGCAGCAAAAUGCAAAUAUAACAAAAGAGUUUCACACACCAGCUACUGAAAAAUUCAAGGAAAAGUUAAGAAAAGAAAAAUGCAUUGAUCGCAAUAAAUCAGGAUGUGUAGAAGACUCUAAAAGCUGUGAUAUCAAGGACACAGAUGUUGAAACUACAUCUGAAAUACCUGAGUGUCAUUUAGAAGUUCCAGGCCACCCAUUCCAGAUGUCUUUAGAAAAGCAAAAGUCAGGCAAUGUAUUUACUUCUGUAGUUCCAUUACCAUCUGAUUCCUCACGUAUUCUACAAGAAAAAAACAUUUUAUCUGAAGUACCUUCAAGCUCCUUAACUUCUCUUACAUCUCCUAAUUCUCUUCAUAUAAAUAAUAUCAUUCUCAAACAAAAUUCAGAGAAAAGAGUUUUAACAUUUGUACCAGUACACUUAGCUGUAUCAGAGCAAAUACCAAAUAAGCCUCUUCAUUCAAGGGUUGCUUCUGAUUGCUCUCAUAGUUUGCCAUUGCUACUUUCAAGUACUAUUGCAAGUUACAAACUCAGCAUGCAAACAGAAAAGGACUCUUCGCUCUUCAAAGUGCAAAACUGUAAGACUAUUAAUACACAGAACACAUCUGAAGAAAGUAAUCAAGUUGCUCAAGCCAACUGCCAAGAAGUUGAGGGUGCUGCCAAUGUAGACAGUGUUUUCACUGAGCAAGGACUAACGCCAUGUACUUCGGUGGAUCAAAAUGACUCUUGUCUCUUUGAUAUAGAAGUCCUGUCCCAGCAGAGCAGAAGAAAUGACACUUUGUUACAGGAAGUGGUUCAUCUUAUACAAGAAGAGUUUGCCUUUGAUGGCUAUCUAGAGAAUGGAGUUGAAGUUUUUGAUAUGGGUAACUUCAUUUUAACAUUAAAGGAAAUUAAGUUUGGUAUGUUCUCUGACAAAAUUUGUGAGAAGUUCUGUGACCUCUACUGGGAUGAAAAAUUACUGGAGAAUCUCUAUCAGGUAGUAAAUGGAGAAAGAGCUUCACCUUUAUGCAUAACUGAGGCAGAUGACUCAAAGUGUAGCAGUGUGUUCCAAGAUCUGAAGAAAUCUGACAGCUUUUUGGCAAGCAGUGAUCAGACAGACGGAGAAGGAGAAACAACCUUUGACAUGAAGGAUGAGCUUACAACAAAUACAUCAUUAGCUGAAAUGAAUUUUAAUGAGACACCCUCAGAUAAUUUCAAAAAAGAAUCAAGGCUGCAGAAUACUAUCCCUAUUGAAAAAGAUGGACAGUGUUUACACAGCAAUGGCUAUCAUGUUGAUCCAGACUUUGCAGAAGAAAAUGCAGAGCCAGAGGAAGAGGCCAUGAUAAAGACAGCUGAAAACAGCUACCUUGUGCCUCCCAGUCCACCUGAUUUUCAUGGCUGUAGUCCCGGUUGGAGCAGUGCAUUUUAUGGAGCUGAAUGUUUUGAUUCAGAAGUUCAUAGUUAUAUGAAAAACCUUGGAAAGCAGAAAACAAAUGAGUCACAAAAUAUAGAUGCUAAAAAAGCGGAACUAGAACAACUGCUAAUGAUGGAAACUAAAAACUACAGAAAGACCAUAAAGUUUUACCAGAAACUAUUGCAGAAAGAAAGAAGAAACAAAGGUCCUGAAACUAAAUCUAUGUUGCCCAAAUUGAGGGGACAGCUACAGGAGAUGAAAUCAAGGGUGCAGUUUCUUGAACUGGUGAAGAAGUAUGUGCAGAUAAUGUAUGCAGAACAAUGGGGUGUGGAAUCCAGUGUACUUCCUACCAUCAUUCACAACGGGAGAACUGACACCAUGGAUGUGGCACCUACAGAUGAGUCAUCAGUGCUUGUUUACUAUAACACAGAGAAACACAAAUGCAGUAAUCAAAAUGGAAUAAGAGUUCUGCAGGCUGGGACACCACUUGGUUUAAUGGCUUAUUUAUAUUCUAGAAAUGCAUUUCUAGAAGGCUAUGUGCAGCAGUUUCUCUACACAUUUCGCUAUUUCUGCACACAAGAGGAAUUUUUGCAGUUUAUUCUUGAUCAAAUUAGCAGCACUUUAUCCAGUGCAAGCCUGGAUCCCUCCUCAUCACUUACCAAAAUAUGUAACCGCAGUUUCUACAUCCUGCAGGCUUGGAUUGAAGACUGCUACAGUGUAGACUUUGCAACAAAUGCAAACCUUUUAUGUACCCUAAAAGAAUUUAUUUCUUCCAAGGUUGCUCCAUUAAAUGGGUAUGGUGAGCACUUGUUGUCAUUGAUUGAGGAUGCUUCUGCUAGGAAAAGUGACAGUUCUCAGCAGUGCUCCAGUAUGGAGAAAUGUGAAGAAGAAGAGGAAGAGGGCAGAAAAACAUUACACUCCAUAUGUAAAAAGCUCUCAGAAGAUAUGUCCAGAAAGAACUUUAACUGGAAACUUUCCAAAGGUAUGGGACCUAUUGCACAUUAUCAGAGAGAGCGACUGUACACUAUUUCAUCGGUUUUGCCAAAGCCAUGCUAUAGCAGUUUUACAGAAGAAUUCCCAGUCUCCUUUGCUAAAGCAGAUGAAGUUGGACCAUAUCUUUUAACAGAAUACAGUGUGCAACAGCUUUGUUGUCAGCUGACAUUACUGCAACAGGAAUUAUUUCAUAAAUGUCAUCCAGUACAUUUUCUGAAUUCAAGAGCACUUGGUGUCAAAGACAAAUGUAUUGCUGUACAGAAAGCCGUUUCUACUGAGGAAGUUUCCUUUAAAGUCUGUAAUCUGUUUCUAUCAAAGUGUAUACAUGACCAGUACCUUAUACAAUUACUAAGAAAUGCAGACAGUAUCAGCACCUGGGUUGCUGCCGAAAUUGUAACAUGUCAUACAUCUAAGCUGCAAGUGAGCUUGUUAUCAAAAUUUCUUCUCAUAGCAAAAUCCUGCUAUGAACAAAGAAAUUUUGCUACUGCGAUGCAAAUCCUAGCAGGCUUGGAAAAUCUUAUUGUACGGCAGUUACCAGCCUGGAAAAUUUUACCUGCAAAAGUAGCCGAAAUAAUGGAAGAGCUCAAGGCUGUUGAGGUGUUUCUGAAAAGUGACAGCUUGUGUUUGAUGGAAGGAGAAAGAUUCAAAACACUUCCAACAAUUCCAUCAGCCCAUGUUUUGGCUAUGCAUGUCCAACAACUUGAAACUGGAGGAUUCACAAUGACAAAUGGAGCUCACAAAUGGACUAAACUUAGAAAUAUUGCAAAAGUUGUGAGCCAAGUUCAUGCAUUUCAAGAGAAUCCUUAUACGUUUACACCAGAUUUCAAGCUGCAGUCUUACCUCAGACAAAGAAUAACUCAUUUUAAGGAUGCAGACAUUUCUGCUUUGGCAGCUGACAACUGUGCCAACUUCCAUCAUAUACCAACAGAAAAACAUUCUCGGAAAGUUCAGGACACACUGCGCAGAAUGAAGGCAACAUUUCAGUAAUUAUUUACAUUUCAUCUGUUCUGUUCCAAGUAUAGAGUAUGAAACAGGACUAAAUUGACUCUAUACUUCCUGAACCAAUUCCCAAGCAAAUACUUAAGUGACUUAAAAUAUUGUCUCAGUUUGAAAUGGAUAUAUUACUUAAUGUGGAAUAGUAAAAUGCUGACUAAUGAAGUAUGAUUCCUUGGCAAGUGGAUAAAGGUAAAAGUAAAGAGAGACUAAUUUUGCCACUGUCCUUUUGCAUAAAAAAAAUAAUUAGCCUUCAGGCAAAAUAUCUGAAAAGUACUGUGGAAGCAAGUUAUACUUGCGGCUUCUGUUGCAAAAUUGGCCUAAGAUUAUUUAGAUUAUGUUUCAUUAAAUGCUGAAUAUAUUUUUAUAUAAACAUAGCACAUUUGUAUCCUGUCACAGUGUGCAUAUAAUUCAGGGACACUUCUACUAUCUGUUGACUGUUGGUGGGAUUUGCUUUUAUGCUGAAUAUUAUAAAACUAUGUUUGACUUAAAUAAUUGGCUAUCUUUUUAUUUGGGCAUACUAUAGAAGGAGAGGAAUACCAUGUUGUAAAUUUUUUUCUUUUGAUUUUACUGUCAUUGAACUAACCUGUUUCCACAUGAAAGUAAGAUCUGAAUCUAAAUAUUACCACUUUGUUGCUUUGCUGCUGCCUCCAUGGUCUUGUGAAAAGAGUAAACACGAGUUGCUAUUUUUCUGUGUUUGGUACAUCAGUCACUUUGCCAACUGUGUAUGUAUGUAUGUGGGCACAUCUGAUUAUGUCUUUUGCUCCUGAGGUUGCUCUUGUAAAUUGCAGUGCUCCAGCAGCAUUAAAUAGAAGAUAACUGUAUUAAUUUUGGAUAUGCAUCUUGUAAAACUUUGGUGCUAACCUACUUAUAGAGCUUAUGCUUACAAAUACCUAAACAGCAAUGAAAUGUGAUGUUUUAGCUAGAAAGUUUGUUGAGCUACCCAGGUUUAUGCAAGGUCAAGAUUUUAAGCCUACAAGUUAAUUAAGAUUACAAAUAAUUCUACCAGAGGAAACAAUAGUAGUAUUGGAAGAGAAGUGGGAAAGGGCAAGAAACAGAUAAAAUGAGAUCUGUCCUGAAAGUGAUUUGCUGGAACUGUAUUAAAAAAACAGGAAAGUUAAAUUUUGUGAAGAACAGAUGUGAACUAAUUACCUUGGCAUGUUUUAAUGAUGGAGAAAGAUGGGAAUGUUCUAAUCUGUAGUAUUUUGCAGAUUGUACUAUUCUAUUUGACAGAAAUGCAUGUGUACAUGGUUAAUUGUAGUUUUUUCAAUGUUUAAGAGAAAAGAUUCUCCUUUUCUCAUGUCAGUGAUGGCAAUACAUACCAUCAUGGGCCUUCUACUUCUCAUCUUUCUCAAUUGAACACAAGGAAUGUUUGUUCUUUCCAUUAAAUACUUCCAUUAUUUUUUACACUGGUAUAUUAGCUCUAGACUGACUUCCAUGCUCUUACUGGUUUAGAUGCUGGAAAAGUCAGUCUUCAACAGGAUUUUCUUGCAUUUGUUCUACUUUUAAGAUGAUUUCUUUUGUUACUUAUCAUAUGUACGUUUAACAUGUCAUUACUUAUAGUAUUCCUACUUACGCUUGAGGAAGUAAAGUGUGUUUCUAUUUUAAUAAAUUUAAAUAAUAUUUCUCUAAAAAUUGCCAAAUGUGAAAACAUUUAAUCAUUACCUCCUAUAUUUAAAUAAUGCAGUGGUUUAAGAGUGUGACAAUAACCUUAUCUUCAGAAAUAAGUUCUCCAUCAAAAAUUUAAUACUUACUUAAAGCCACGCCUUGCCUUUGAAAGACAGAGCAAUCUGAAGUAGCAUAAGCUUUACUAACGCAGAGAACUCCACAAACUUGUUCAUGUUAUCUUAAUAGAUGUAUUUUAUAUAGUUGCCUGUCAGGCUGAUGAAAUUGCUUUUGUGGAUUUACUUGCCGUUUACGUUUUGCACCCACAAUAAUUAGGUCUUAUAUUUCUUACCGUUUUUAUCAAGAUCUAAAGCAACUACUACACCUAGAAAAUAUCAUUUUUAUUCUAUGACAAUAACUGGUGCUAUACAAGAACUUAAAAGUCAUUUUGUAUCUUCUGCAUAAUGCUUCAGUUUAUUGGACUUAAUGUUGCUAUAAAUGCAUAGCAUUGAGGUAUGGUACUACUUUGGGGUGUUCUCAUCAAAGAAGUAUUUAAGUUUUUGUAUUUAGACACCACCUUACAACCACAGCAAGUAUAAAUAUCUACUGGGGGAAAAAAUCCCUUUUACAAGGAAGUCAGUCUGCUUUUGUCCAUAAACACAGAUGUAUGCACAUCUUAUAUUAUGUGACACUGAUUUCUCAAUAAAGUUAUGUCUAGCAUCUAA